AUGUGUAAUGAAAAUUAUAGCUCGUCACGGUCACAAAAACUUUGGCCUAUUUAUAAUUGGACAAUAUUUAAUGGUUCAUUGAAUGAACCAUAUAAAAAUCCAGGUGCUCCAACACAUGUUAUUAGUGGUUCAGCAGGUUGUUUUUCAAAACAUAAUCCAUUUCUUAAUCAAACACAAUUAUAUUCAGCAUUUCGUUCUGAUGAUUAUGGUUAUUCACGUAUGAAAAUUAUUAAUUCAACUCAUCUAUAUAUGGAACAAGUAUCAGAUGAUCAAGGUGGUAAAAUAAUUGAUAGUUUUACAUUAAUUCGAGAAAAACAUGAACCUUAUUCAUAUCAUAAACAUAAAGGAAUUAAAAUUGAUUACAAAUCUAUUGGAUAUCAUCAUUAA